AACAUAAAAAUUUUAUAAUUAUUCAACAAUAAUCAUCUUAAAAUACAUAAAACUUAUUGAUUUUAAUAAUUAUAUUAUCAAUUUCAUCAUUUUUAUACAUUUUAGAUAAAAAUUUCAAUUUCGAUCUCCUGCUCCACGAAUGCUUCGCCAAUUUUGUGGAGCAUUCGCAUCAUACAAUCCGCCAGGGAUGCAUCAGAAUUAACAUUUAUUUUUCCUGCCUUGUAUAACAUCUCAAAAUCGUAUUCUAUUUUAAAAUUUAAUGUAGUUUUUAAAUCCAUUAUAAUUUUUUGAUAAUUUUGAACAAUUUUUUUGUAAAAUGAUUCUGUGCAGCGAGGCAACACGGCACGUUGAACUCCGCGCUGGGGAGAGUUGUGCCGCUCAGAUUUUUUAGUUGUUUCAGUUGAAGCAAAUGAUUUUACGCGUAAGAAAUAAAAUAAUUAUUGCCAAUAUAUGAUUUACUAUUAUUUAUUAAUCAUUUGUUAUAAACUUUUAAAGUUUUUAGGAACAAUCUUAAGAUUUAUAGAUUUUAGUAAGUACAAAUAUACAUUUUCUGACUUAUAUUCUAUAAUUGCAUAGUUAGUCAGUCACUUAAAAUAUAGUUUCCGUAAUAGGUAUUUUUAUUAUAAACAUUCAAAAUUUUUUUCCAACAAUCAUAACAUUUAUAGAUUUUUGUAAAUAAAUAAACAUUUCUGACUUAAAUUUUACAAUUGCAUAAUUAGUCAGUCUUUUAAAAUAUUUUUUGAAAUAAUUGUUUUUAUCGUUAAUUAAUUGUAAAAACUCUACUUUCUGAUUAAUAAAUAAUUUUUAAGACAUGAAUACUUAUUCCGAAUGCGAUUUAUUGAAAUUACAAUUGACACACAUAUAACUGACCCUUUUUUUACCCUUCACACAUUUUAAAUGUGCCCAGUUUUUGCAAACUAUGCAUUGAAUUAACUUUCCUCUUGAUUUCGGGUUGGAAUAACUAUUCGAACAAACGAGGCAAUAGUAGAUUAUCGUUAUGUAGCGAUUGACAGCGGCACAAACACCCCCAAGCGAAAGGCACAAUUAACGUCGUUGCGUCGACGUUCACUUUUUAUCAAAUAUUAAAAAACUAGAUAAAUUAAAUGUUAAGAUCAAUACACCAUUGAAUCCCUUGAUAAAUUUAGAUCAUUUUUACGUAUCAUCAAAAUACGUAUCAAUAUCUUUAAAAAUGUAAAAAAUAGACCAAAAAGUGUAAACAUGAAAACUUGCACGUAAGUGACGCCAAAGCACAAAAUUAUUAUCAGCUAAUUAUUCCGUGAAGCAAACAAAAUCAAAAUAGUUGCCAAAGAUGCGCAUAAGUAAAACAAUACUUCUCGCACUUUCACUUUUCAAAAAAAAAAUUUUUUUUUUGAGAUAAUCCUAUCGGCACAACUUACCCCCGGCCCUUUCAGCCCCGGUCUCCCCUACACAAUAUACAAUCGCGAGGGCCUCUUCAUUAGAAGUGUCAUAUUUUACUUAUCAAAAUCUGGUCUUUGUAAGAAUGAUUCCUCGCAAAGUUCAUUUUUUAAAAUUUCAAAAGCUACUUGUUGUUUUUCUGUCCAUUGAAAUGUUAUAUCCUUUUUUAAAAGUUGCGUUAAAGGUCCAGAUUUUUUAGAAAAAUUAUUAAUGAAUCUUCGAUAAUAAUCGGCAGGUCCUAAAUAUUGUUUUAUAUAUUUAAGGUUUUUUGGAACUGGAAAAUAUUUAACAGCAGUUAUCUGUUUUGGAUCAGGUCGGACACCAUUUUUAUCGAUUAUGUGUCCGAGAUAAACUAGUUCGGGUCUGAGAAAUUCGCAUUUAUCUGGUUGUAAUUUUAAAUUCGCGUUACACAGUCGCGACAUAAAAUUAUCAAAUUUUUGUUGUUGUUCUUUAAGAGAAUUUGCAAUAAUUACCAAAUCAUCAAGACAUACAAAUAAAUCUGUACCAAUAAGACCGGAUAGACAACAAUUCAUUAAUUCUUUAAACCGAAAGGCAUACGGUCAAAUUCAUAGAGACCAUAUGGCGUUGAAAAGGCUGUUUUAUGAGAAUCUUUUGAGCUCAUUUUGAUUUGAUGGAAACCGGAAGCUAAGUCAAACACAGAGAAAUAUUGCGCAUUCCCAAGCGUCUCUAACACUUCAUUGAUAUUAGGCAACCGAAAAAAGUCGGUAAUAGUUUUUUCAUUAAGUUUACGAAAGUCGAGUACCAUUAUCCAUUUUUUAUUUCCGUGACUGUCAUUCUUUUACGGCACAAUCCAUACUGGUGUAUUAUAUACGGAUUGAGAAGGUUUGAUUAUUUUAUUUUUUAAAAGUUCACUUGUUUGUCUUAAUAGUUCUUCUUUAUGUACUGGUGGAAAUCUAUAUUGUCGCGUGAAUCGUUCGUCGUCUUUAGUAGGGAUGUUAUGUUGGAUAACAUUUGUAGCUGUUAAAUAUUCACCUGGUAAAUAAAAUCUUUCAGAAUAUUACGCGAUUAACGCUUCUACAUGUUUUAAUUCAUCUGAUUUUAAGGGGCUAGUACCACAUCUUCAUUAUUUUUUAGAUAGAUUUUUAAUUAGACAAUUUAUUUUAUUUACUUCAAACUUGUUAUACAUAAAAGAAGGAGUUAUAAACUAUUAAAUAAAAAAUUUUAUUCCUUAUAUAUUAUUAAUUAUCUUGCUGUCAUGGCUGACACGAUAUAUCAAAUUCAGGGCAUCGAAAAAAUAAAACACGACCAGAUUGUUGAAAAGUAAGCUUGUCGCUAUUGUCCGAAAUACGAUAAAAUAUUUUCGUUAAUAAAAACAAAAUGGAGGAUCUUGUUUUUUAAUUUACAUUGUUUAAAAAUUAAUUAAAUAAUAUUAAAAAAUCAUUAUCUUAAUUCGGACAAUAGCGGUAUAUAUGUAUAAUGAGAUAUAAAAAUUUCAGUUCGAUCGGUGCAAUAGAUAAUUGUUUUAAGAUGUUAUCCAAGUCAAAAGAACUAAUGAACAAAUACUACAUACAAAAAUAAUGUGCUCCCAAUCUGAAAGUAUUUAUUAGUAAAACGACUAAAACCGAAGUCAAUUUAAAGAUGCCCAAGUAGCACGUAAUAUUACUGUAAUAUUACAGUAAAAAUAUCAAAAUUUUAAAAAACACUAAAAAAAUAUUUGAGUGAUUAAUUUUUAUUAUUUUGUGUUUUAUCUUAAAAAACUUUAAAAUUUUUAUGUAUUUCAAAUAAACGUGUAAUAUAUCAGUAAUAUGGCUGUAAGUUUAAAGUAAUAUUACUGUAAUGUUACUGGAAUAUUACAUGCUACUUGGGUGGAAAUUUUUGUGUAUAAUUCAGGGAAACUUUGAAUUACUCAUAAAGGUUUCUUAAGAGUGUCGAACGGUCUCUGAAAUUCUUUGGCAUUUAAUAAUCGCUCCAAAAAACGGCACUGAACGUGAAAAAGAUAAACAUUGAUUUUAAAAUACUUUUUUCUUAAAACGUAGACACUUUUUUCAAAAUCGGAAAAAAUACCAAGGAUCCUUAUCUUAUAAAUUUCUUAAAUCCGAAAGAUUAAGAUUAUGCAAAUCUAUACAAAAAUGCGAUCGUAAAAUAAAAAGUACAAAAGUAAUAUAAUUUUAGGUUUAUUACGUCCUGCAGCCGUUAAAGAAGGUCCACAAUAGCCAUGGAGCGUGCUGUUAGCGCGCAACAUGCGUGCAAAUGUCGACGCGUAAAUAUGACGUCACAACGUUGUUGCCAACUGUCUAAAAUUUUUAUCUCAUCCCAUGUUCUGCGGUUCCGCUGUUUCGGUAAACUAAGUGUUGUGUCGAACUAAAUGUUGAUCAGAUCACAUGUUCUCCAUGCGGCGAGAAUAAUAUUAAUUUUGUGAAUUUUAUUCGGAAAUAAGUGCUGCUAAUUGAAAGAGUCACAAUAUGGAAUUGCUUCUCACCCUGACACUGUUAUGCCUUCAAUUUUUUAAUAUUGUUCAACAGUAUCAACGUUUAUUAUUAUUAAUAACGUUUAUAAAAAUAACGUUUAUUAUUCAAUUUCCUGUUCGGCGAUGGUGGGUUAAACCCCAUAUAAGGGAAGCUAUGCGUGACAUUUUCGGUGCAUAUCAAGCACUUUUUCGCUAUUAUGCAGAAUAUGAUCAUGAAGAGUUUUAUAGGAUGACAAGGAUGUUACCAUAUGAUUUUGAGGGUCUGCAUAAUCUUAUUGGACCUCACCUUCAAAAGUUUAGUUUAAGAAGGCCACUGCCAUCCAAACUACGUUUAGCAUUGUGCUAUGUUAAGAUUUUGUGAAAAAAAUUGAAUUUGGUUGCCAUUUUUGAGCCGCUAUCUCGAAUUUUUUGAAAAUACGUUUUACCAUUUUAUAACUUGAAAAUUUUUACAUUAUCUUUGGAGGUUUUUCACAUACCUUUGAAUACUGAAUAACAUAAAAUUUUUGUAGAUAAUUCUUUUAAUUUUCUUUCCCAAGUGUUAUACAGAAUCAUUUCUGAAAGCAUCAAUUUUUUAAAAUUAAUGAGCAACGACUUUCGUCGAAAUUUAAUGAAAUUACUCUAUAACUUUUUUCUGUCAAUAUACAAGUAAAUAAAUAUCUAAGAACAGAGAAAAAAUAAUUUGUAGAUGCGUAAAACUUAUUUUUAUGAACAAGAGAAAUAACUCCUGUAAUCGUACGACAAAAAAACACUUUUAGCUUAAUAAAAACAAAAUUAUAAAAUUUUUUUGGUUCGAAUCAUAUUGUAUAGGAAUUUACGGUGUAGUAUUUACAGGCUAGCUGCUGAAAAGUUAAAUAGAAGAAAAUUCUUGGCAUCUUUCUUCCAAUAUAUUCUCUUCGUUGCUCAACUGCGUGUUAAUUCUUGAAACGAAAUAUAAUGGCGCAUUGUUUAAGCAAACUAUGUUUGUAAUAUUUUUUUAGACGUUUCUAGAUAUCAAUUUAACUAUUUCUAGAGUAUUCAUUGUGAACUCAAUAAACUAUAAUUUGUUCAAAUCUAUAAUUUUUUUUAAAUAUUAUCUAAUUUAUAUCGUAUAUUCUAAACAGGGUGGAAACAGCAUAAAUCGAUGAACUUUUUGUAAUGCAUUAAAUUUUUGAAUUAAGUUUUGCAAACUUUUUUUUGUCAUUGAGAAUUAAUUUACGAUAUUAUGACAGUUUACUUAUUAUUGUUCAUUGCUACUUUAUUAUAUAGUUUCCUCGCUCAUGGUGACAGCGUAUCAACAACAAAACAAUUCUUUCGAAUUGGGAGAUCGACGACAUACGCAAUAAUUGCGGAGGUAUGUCCCCUUAUUUGGACGGUACUACAACCUCUUGUGUUAAAGAGAAAAACACAACGGGAAUUGAGAGUCAUCGCUGGUGGUUUUAGGGCCAAAUGGGACUUUCCGAACUGCGUUGGAGUAGUGGAUGGAAAAGAAAUAAACAUUAAAGCACCACCGCACUCAGGCAGUUACUAUUUUAAUUAUAAAAAAUUUUUUAGCAUCAAACUGCUUGCUGCAUGUGACGCCUAUUAUAGAUUCAUAUGGGUCGACAUUGGAAAUUAUGGUUCUGUCAGUGAUGCAGCAGCAUUUAAGAGAACACGUCUUUACGAAGCUCUAGAACGAGAUGAGGCAGAUUUUCCAGCAAGAGGUCGUCUCCCUCGUUCAAAUUUCGUAUUACCCCAUUAUUUAAUCGAGGAUGAGAUAUUCUCUCAACAGACUUAUAUGAUGGUUCCGUUUGCGAGACGUCGAGGUCUUACCGAAAGACAAACUCAUUUCAAUUACAAUUGUCAAGGGCCCGCAAGUUAGCGUUCAAAUUGGAAACGUCAAUCGCAGUCGUUCAAGCCAUCGUAUGUCUACACAAUUUCGUCA